UCUUCGUACUUCACCGGUUGGCUACACUGAACCUGAAGUUAGAAAUUACUGUUUUCCCGUUUGUGUCAACUUUGUGUAUUGUGUACAAAUGGUUGCGUUUGUUGCUUAGCGUUUGUUUUAUUAUAUUCUGGUGUAUUUUAAAUAUGGCGACUGUAGGGUUUUUAUUUUUUAUAGGCUUUAUAAAUAUUGCCCUAGCACAAAGGUCGCCAACUAUAUCAUAUAUUACCCAAACACAAAUUAAGGAUAUUGGAGGAACUGUAGAGCUGUCAUGUUCGGUUCAAUAUACAGCAGAUUACUCGGUUAUUUGGAUGAAAGUCGACAAGAAUCAGAAUUCCUACAGUUUACCGAUCUCCACUGGAAGCUCUCUGAUUUUGCAUGAUUCAAGAUUCUCUCUAAGAUAUGAUCCUAGCAGUUCAACUUACGUACUCCAGAUCAAAGACAUCCAAGAGACCGAUGCAGGAUAUUAUCAGUGUCAAAUAUUGAUAUCCCCCAGCAACAGGGUGUCUGCUGAAGUUGAACUGCAAGUGCGAAGGCCCCCUUUCAUUUCUGACAAUUCCACUAGGUCCAUAGUGGUUUCUGAAGGUCAAGCUGUACAAAUGGAAUGCUAUGCUGGUGGAUAUCCGCCACCAAGGAUAUCUUGGAGGCGUGAAAAUAAUGCCAUUCUACCCACCGGAGGCUCAAUUUAUAGGGGUAACAUUUUGAAAAUCAAACAGAUCCGUAAAGAAGAUCGAGGUACUUACUAUUGUGUAGCUGAAAACGGAGUAGGAAGAGGAACAAAAAGAAAUAUUGCAGUAGAAGUGGAAUUUGCUCCUGUUGUGGUAGUGCCAAGACCGCGUUUAGGCCAGGCCCUCCAAUUCGACAUGGAUCUGGAAUGUCAUGUUGAAGCCUAUCCCCCUCCUGCUAUAACUUGGGAAAAAGAUGAUAUAACUCUGUCCAACAACCAGCACUACAGAAUAUCCCAUUUCGCUGUAGCAGACGAAUUCACCGACACCACAAUCAGAGUCAUCACCAUAGAAAAGAGGCAGUAUGGUCAGUAUGUCUGUAAGGCAGCUAAUAAACUUGGCACAGCUGAAGGAAGAGUUGAACUCUUUGAAUCUGUGAUUCCUGUUUGUCCGCCUGCCUGUGGUUCUGCUAGAUAUGCUGCUGCUGCUACAAUAUCAACCAGUACGGCAGCUAUCUUCAUCUCUCUGGUGAUUUUCAUGUUCAGAAAUAUCCGUUCCCAACAGUAACUACCCAGGACUCAUUUGGCUGAAUUCUGCAAGAAAGAACAUUGAAGCGCCACUCUUCAAUAUUAUUUUAACGGUUGUUUUGAUAUUUCGUAACUGAAACACAAUUUAAUUCUUCGACAUGUCCCGGGUCCUAGCUUUUAUUUCCAACAGUUUUGCAUUUAGUCGAGUAAACAAUUCUUUUUGCGAUACAAUCUGAAUUGUAGAUUGUAAUGGGUCGUAAAGUUUUUUUUCAGCAUCUCACUACGGCAAUGUAAAUUAAUCAGACAAAAUGGAAGAGAGCAGUUUUGGUGAUUAUUUCGUUAACUGUUGUCUGGAAUUUGGACUGGAAAGUAUACCUUGAAUAUGUUCAAAUUGUAGCUCGAUAACUCCCAAUUGAUUAGUUUUUUUUGCAUUAUAUUGGUGAUAUUUAUUAACUGGAAAAAAUCGAACUUUGGGAGUGAUCAAAAUCUUUUGAACGCAGC